AUGUUCACCGCGGAGCCCGGAGGAGCCUGGGUCCGUGGGUCCGUGGGUCUGUGGGUCUGCGGAUCCGUCUGUGCGACACUAGGACCGAGCUGGCGGAACCAAACAGGAAAUGUCCCAACAACGUCCGCCAACGCCGCCAACGCCCGCCAACGCCACCAACACCACCAACGCCGCCAACACCACCAACACCGCCAACACCAGCCGCCAACACCACCAACACGCCAACACCCAACCCGCCAACACCACCAACGCCGCCAACACCACCAACGCCACCAACGCAACACCACCAACGCCACCAACACCACCAACGCCGCCAAACGCCGCCAAACCACCAACCGCCCAACACCACCAAACGCCACCACCCCGCCAACACCACCAACGCCGCCAACGCCACCAACACCACCAACACCGCCAACACCGCCCACCACGCCGCCAACGCCGCCAACGCCACCAACGCCGCCAACACCACCAACGCCCGCCAACACCACCAACACCCCGCCAACGCCACCAACACCACCAAACGCCGCCAACACCACCAACACCACCAACGCCGCCAACACCACCAACGCCCGCCAACGCCACCAACGCCACCAACACCACCAACGCCGCCAACACCACCAACACCACCAACGCCGCCAACGCCAACCCAACGCCACCAACGCCGCCAACACCACCAACACCACCAACGCCGCCAACACCGCCCGCCAACACCACCAACGCCACCAACGCCGCCAACACCGCCAACGCCACCAACGCCACCAACGCCGCCAACCCAACGCCAACGCCGCCAACACCACCAACGCGCCAACGCCACCAACACCCGCCAACGCCGCCAACGCCACCAACACCAACCAACGACCACCAACAGCCGCCAACACCGCCAACGCCACCAACGCCGCCAACGCCACCAACACCGCCAACGCCGCCAACACCACCAACGCCGCCCAACACCACCACCAACGCCACCAACACCACCAACACCCAACGCCAACCAACGCCACCAACGCCACCAACGCACAACGCCCCACGCCGCCAACGCCACCAACACCACCAACGCCGCCAACACCACCAACACCCGCCAACACGCCACCAACACCACACACACCACCAAACACCAACCAACGCACCAACACCACCAACGCCACCAACACCACCAACGCCAACACCACCAACGCAACACCACCAACAGCCACCAACGCCACCAACGCCGCCAACACCGCCACACACCACGCCAACCCGCCAACGCCCCACGCCACCAACACCAACGCCACCAACGCCGCCAACCCGCAACACCAACCAACACCACCAACGCCACCAACGCACCAACGCGCCAGCCAACGCCAACACACCCAAAGCACCACGCACCACGCCGCCAACACCACCAACAUGUAA